CAGUCAUUCACCUAUACUAGUCCAACAUGUUAAAUAUAAAACUUAAGGGGCUAUUUUGAAAAUUAGACAAACGUUGAUAGACCAAAAGAUAAAUUAAUAACAGUUACCAGCAUCUAUCGCCAAGUCUUCCCCUAGGGUUUUUUUCUGAAACGGACAUCGAGAGAUUCCAGGAGUGAGUUUUGACACAAUCGGAGAGAAAGAAAUGGGGUCGACUGAAAAAAAUCAGACGACGCAGCAUCACCCGCCUCACAUCAGCAGUCUCGUCGUACGACCCUCCGGAAGCAAUGACGGAGAAGACGGCCGCAACGUCGCCGCCGCCGCCGGAGACUAUGAGCCCGGAGAAGUUUCUCGUGACCGGCCUUCAUAUACUCGCUCGGAUCGGUAUAAGGGUGACAAUGGUGGGCAUAGAACUCGGGCAAGUUCUAGCUCACCAGGCCGUCGUGGAUAUGAAGAUCACCGGCAUGGCUCUGAUCUUAAUCAUUCAGGCGCUCCACCUCGUGGCCGUGAGUUCAGCAGCAGAAGGGAAGCAUCUGGGAGACACAGAGACUAUUCACCACCCUAUGCUAGAGGUGGAGCUGGUGCUCGUCCUUAUGGAAGAGGUUUAGAUGGGUUUGAACCUGCACAUGGAAGCGAUGGCAUGAGCAGAAAUAAUAUCCCAAAGGUGCAACCAAGAGAUGGAGAUUGGUACUGUCUAGAUCCAUUAUGCAGAAACUUGAACUUUGCGAGACGUGAGUCCUGCAACAAAUGCAAGAGGCACCGUUAUGCACCGGCUAAUAGUCCUCCACUGCCUCGUCUUCCUCCUCCCAUGAAUCUCUCCCCAAGAAGAGACUUUAAUGGCUGCAGAUCUCCUCCACGUGGCUGGCCCAGAGACUACCCGCCCUCAAGGCAUGACCAUCCCACUUGGAGAGACAGAGAACGAGACCGUCCGCAUUACUCAGACCAUGAGUACCCUCCUAGCAGAAGAAUAGCGUCUGACUGGGCCCAUACAGAGCCGCUCCCAAAACCUCAUUACGACAGACGACCACCUCUCAGUCCACCGCAUCCUCCACCUCGUGGUGGCAGAUGGGGACGACUUUCAAGAGAGAGGAGCAGAUCACCGCCAUUGAGAGAUGUUCCACCACCGCCAUUGCGAGAUGGUCCACCGGCACCAAUGAGAGGAGGCGGUCCACCGCCGCACAGAGAUUACCGCCGUGACAGUAACUUUGACAGAGGAAGACGAGAUGAUCGGCGUGGCGGCAGAGGCAGAAUGGGAAACUCUUACUGAUGCAAAAACUGUGCAUGUCUUGGGAAUUUGGUUUAGACAGUUAAAAUUUUCCCGGAAAUCAAAUGUGACCUUGUAU